UUAAAUAAUUUUAAGAUAUUUAGUAAAUUUUUAAAUUAUUUAAAGUUCAGUAAAUGAUUGAAAAUGACAACUGCUGCUCGUCCAACAUUUGAACCUGCUAGAGGUGGUGGUGGUCGAGGAGAAAAGGAUUUGAGUGCUCUUUCAAAACAGUAUUCUAGCAGAGAUCUUCCUGGACAUACUAAGUUAAAAUACAGGCAGCCGGGUCAAGGAACUGUCGAUGAAUUGAAAAACAAAGAUUUCCGACGAGAACUUGAGGACAGAGAGAGAGUUGCUAGCCAUGAAAGAGAAGGAAAACGUACAUCAAGAGAUUCAACAAGUAGUAGUAACAAAAAGCCCAGACUUGAACUUCCUCCAACAAAUUUAGAUGCAGAUGAUCCUUUGGAUGAAGAAGAUGAAAGUGAAGAAAGUGAUGAAGAAGAUACUGCAGAGCUAAUGGCCGAACUAAAUAGGAUUAAGAAAGAACGAGCACAAGAAGAAGCAAAAAAAGAAGCAGAAAGAAAACUUCAAGAAGAAAGAAUACGUACAGAAACCAUUCUCAGCGGAAAUCCGCUCUUAAACAGUAAACCCUCGGAGUUCAAAGUAAAAAAACGAUGGGACGACGAUGUGGUGUUUAAGAACUGUGCCAGAGAAGAACCAGAUCGCAAAGACAAACCAUUUAUCAACGACACGCUACGUUCGGAAUUUCAUAAAAAAUUUAUGGAGAAAUACGUGAAGUAAAAAUUUCUACUGCCGUUCAAAAAGAGAACUUAUCAAAAUUUUUUAUAUCGUUUCACUCUCUAUGUUUUGGAAUUUUGUUAUAAAAUUACAAAAUUUCUUUAUUAGACUUUUAAUUGACAAGAGCUAAUAACAGUCGGUGUGCAGUUACCGUAAAAUAAAGCAAUGCUGCAACUUCUAUUGAUAUUAGCACUUUGAGAGAACAUCGGUAUGAAUAUUCUUUGACAUGCUCUACCCUGUGAACACUAAGAGGGUAUGCAUGUAUGUAUUAUUUGACAAUUAUAUUGGAUUAUAUUGAAUAAAUAUCAUAAUAAUUAUAAAAGAUUAUUUUUUUUAAUUGGGAUAUUUUACACAAAACUAUAAAUGCAUUUGUAUUUCCAAUUCACAAAUAUUUGAUCAAAUUAACUUUUAAGGCACAAGUAACCAAGACUUUAGAAAUGACAAGUACUUAUUUAUUUUGUUGAUCCUUUCAAAGUUUUUCAUUUCAAGUGAUCGAGGUUUAUUAUAACAGAAUAUUAGAUAUAAUUACAUUGUUAGCACGUUAGAAAUGGAUUUCUGUAUUUGAAUCUGUUUAAUAAAAUGGGCU